ACUCCAUUACCCCAAGUGAGAUGAAGUGCCUCCUGGUAACGAUUGCCUGGAUAAUCAGUUGUUCUGGCAUAAAUGCCCUAGUGCACUAUGUGAAGCUGGAGAAAGGCGAAAAGGGGUGCAAGUCUCCGAAAGGUGCGCAGAUGGCUGUGGGUGAUGUCGAGCAGGAUGACAAGACUUGCGGGGCUUACACGUGCCAAAGCACCGAAGGAGAUGCCUUUGUCCACUUCUGUCAGAUACCGGUAACUUUUGCGGAGUGCGUGGAAACUGCUGUCCUGACGAAUGUGGAUUUUCCGCAAUGCUGUUGGACAUGUGCCGCUUGGGCGAAGUGCAAUGGAGCUGGUGGAGACGGUGCUGCUGGAGGAGGAGGAGAAGGUGCUGGUGGUGCCGAGGGUGGCGGUGAAGGUGGAGGAGGGGCUGAGGGAGGCGCUGAAGGAGGAGGAGAGGCUGCUGCAGAAGCCCGAAGCCCGAUCGAUCGAUCUAAAUCUGAUAAAUACACCAAAGUGGCUCGUACCGCUUCUACAGUUGAAGAUACCACAACGGAAAGAGGAAAGCCGCGAUCUAAGGGAAAAGGAGGCUCAAAAAGAAGCACCAUCAAACCGGAUGAGUCUGAGUUUCCCGAAGAAAACCCAAAUAUUAAGUUUGGCGGUAAAUCACCCAUCUCCAAGUUCGGUGAGGACGGCCUAUAAAUAUGGCUCCCUGGUAUUUCUCAAUUUUAAGCCCCGACAUUGCUCGAUUUCUACCAUAAAUAAAUGACACGACAAUGUGCACUCCA